AUGCAAUAUCAAGAGGAAAAAACUCUUGUUACUGAUGAGAUUCGAAGCUUCUUAGAUGGGCGGUACAUCUGUCCCCACGAAGCGGCAUGGCGCAUUCUUGACUUCCCGAUUCAUGAACGUAACCCACCGGUGAUGAUACUUCCAGUCCACUUAGAAAAUAUGCAAACUGCAUAUUUUAAGGAAGAUAGUUGUUUGAAGGAUGUUGUACGGAAUCCCGGGUUCGCAAUAUCACCGCUUCUUGGUUGGUUCAAUCGUAACAAAGAUACCGUCAUUCGUGAUAAUGAAAAUCAGAGUAAUAGUGAAAAUGAAACUGGAGGUUUAGAUUUAACCUACAUAGAUUAUCCAUCUAAAUUUUGGUGGGAUAAAACUGCAAAAUGGUGGGUGUUGAGGCAUCGUAGUAUGUCAAAAACCAUCGGCAGACUUGUGUUCGUACACCCAUCUACUGGUGAACUGUUUUACCUGCGUCUUCUACUUUGUCAUCAAAAAGGUUGUAUGUCUUACGAGGCUGUUCGCACUGUUUCUGGUCGUGUGUACCCAAAUUAUCGAAGUGCAUGUCACGCAUUGGGUCUAAUCGGUGAAGACAAAGAAUGGAUGACAGCAUUCACCGAGGCAUCACAAUGGGCAACAUCUUCACAGUUGCGCUCCCUCUUUUGUCACUUGCUUUUAUUUUGUGAGGUGAGCAAUCCGCUUGCAUUGUGGGAAACCGGUUGGCGAAAAAUGAGUGAGGACUUACUAUACAAAAUAAAUGCCAAUGUUUUUGUUAUACCAAUGCACAUUACUGACUUUCACUUACAACAACAAUUGUUAUUUGAGUUGGAAAAAAUACUUAGAUCAUGCACGCCAUCAAAGUCAGUUGCAGACUUCCACUUACCAUUACCAUCAGAAGUUGUAGUCGCUCUUUUGGAAAAUCGGCUACUUUUAGAGGAUACCUGUUACGACAAGGAACUUCUACAAAAUCAGCAUCAACAAAUACCCAUGUCUGAGGAUUCUACAACUAUUUCUACAUUGGAAUAUGGAUGUUCAGGAGGAGCAUUGCAGGGAGAUAGCAUUCAGAUUCUGGGACAGAAAAAAGAUCAAGGACACAUAAAAUCCAUAUUGACUAUUUCAAACUGUUACACUAUCUCUGGUUAUGCUGAUUAUGCGUGUGCCGAACCAGACGAAUAUCAAAAUUGGAUAGGCAAAGAAAUAUAUAUUAGUGUUGGCAAUGCCUCCUCAAUCUACCGAAUUCCAGAUACAGGAAUAAUACCUACAACUUCGUUUCACUUUAUAUCCAAAAGCCAAAUACCAGACUAUGUAAAACAAGCGCCAGAAUGUACCAAUGUACUGGAAAAUUUUGACCGCAACCUUAUUGAGGCCACACCUGCUCCAACAGUUCUUGCUGUGACAAAUGCAAAGAUCAUGACAGUUGCAGGUGCACUAAAAGUAGGAACAACAAGUGCAAGUCAUGUGUAUAUCAACCCAUCAAUUCCAGAAACAGCUGCCUUACUUGACAGGUUUAUGCGAAAUUGUACGUCGCGUUCUGCGUGUAAAGGCCCUCCAACACCGUUACAUGACAUAAACGAAAAACCAUAUUCAUAA